UGGACCAUCCACCGCUCCUUCUGCAACCUGCAUCACACCACCACCUUCUACUCCUACCUCGCCACGUCAGCAAUGGCGCUCCGGAGAACCAUAGCAAACCGUCUCCUUAAACAUCAACCUCCGGCGAUCAGUAAACCAUUAGCCGCCACCAAAUCGUCUAUCCAUCGCCAGUUGCUGACGUCACCGACGCAGAAUCCCUCCCCCACCACUGACGUCGGAUUCUUCCGGCGGUUCCUUCACCGGACAAAACUCAAUCAGUCAUCCACAAUGAACCUGCCGGAGGUGUUUCCGUUUCCGACCACAGAGCGUCCAUUGGAGUCUAUGGGUAUGUCCGUGAAGGAUAUAAGGAAGAUUCUGAGGUUUUUGCAGUUAGAGAAUGUGAGAAUGGUGUUGAGACGGAUUCCGAGGAACUCGAUUAGUUACUCGGAGUUUGUAACCAUCUGCACUGGCACUUGUACUGAUCUUGAGCAAGGCUUAGAGCUCUCCAAAUUGUUGGAUGAAGGUGGAGAUGUGAUUGUGUUGGGAAACAUUGUGUUUCUCCGUCCCGAUCAGUUAGCAAAAUCAAUGGAGGAAUUGAUAUCACAAUCUAUAACCAUUAAUCCAAAUGACCCAAGGAAGCAACAACUUGAAGAACUCGAAAGGCAAAAGUCAUUCAUCGAUCAGAAAUCACUAUCUCAAGUUCGUGGAGAGCUCUAUUGCGGUCUAGGUUUUCUAGUCAUACAAACACUCGCAUUUAUGAGGCUUACAUUUUGGGAACUUAGUUGGGAUGUAAUGGAGCCUAUAUGCUUCUUUGUCACAUCUUUUCACUUCGCACUCGCCUACAUGUUUUUCAUCAAGACAUCAAAAGAACCCACGUUUGAAGGCUACUUCCAACGCCGGUUCAAGACAAAGCAGAGAAAGCUUAUGGAAGCGUACGGUUUUGAUCUUCGAAAAUAUAACGAGCUUUGUGAAGCCUUUUAUCCCACACGGGUCUCGGGCAUAUCCGGUUUUCAAGGUUUGAAUCGUGGAGAAAACUCUAACGUAUGCCUUUGACAUGAGCUUGGGACGUGAAUAGUUAGAUGUGAGUCUUAUCUCUCCUUUUCUGAGUAGUAGGACUAAACCAAAGCUUUUGACAUGUGCUUAUUGUAUAAAGGGCUUAUGUUGAUAGAAUAUAUAUCGGUUAACUUAGUUAGCCCAAGAAAAGAGGAGGAUGUUCUUAAUGGAUUUAGAUCCACCAUAAUCUAUUUAUUUAUAG